AUGCGGAUAGAUAUCUAUAUCAUAAAGCUAAAACACAAAACCUCACCGGUCGUUCCCUCGCCCCCAGGUGGCAGCUACGGGGAAGGCCCCGCGGUACCCCCUCCAGGUGGCGGCGACAGACCCGACCUGCACGGCCUCGUGCUGCCCGAGCUCAAUGGCGUCGAGCUGGCGAUGAGCCUCAGUCCCAAACACCUCCACCACCAGCACCAGCAGACCGGCCAGCAGGCGCUCAGCCACCACCUGCAGCAGCUGCACCAGCACCACCACCACCACUCGACGCCGUUCAGCGUCACGGACAUCCUGAGUCCCAUCGAGGAGUCCUACAGGAAGUUGGAGCUGGCUACCAAUCCGCCAUCGCCCUACAGAUCGACAUCCAGCGGCAGCAGCAUCACCUCCCCCGGAAUAGGCGCGGGCAGUGGCGGCGGCGCGUGCAGCAUGAACGGCGGGUACCCGGUGAUGGGCCAGUUCGGGGGCGGGCAGUACUGCCCCGUCUCCGAGAACCUCGGCCUCGGCGCUCCAUACUCGGGAGGCUGGUACCAGACCUCGGCGGCCGAUCCCCGCUUCGCAAUUUCCAGGUUGAUGGGCAGCUCGGCCGCCUCGGCCAACAUGGCCCACCACGGCCUCAACUCGGCCAUGCCCGGCCUGGGCGCGUGCGCGAUGCCCGACUCGAAGCCGAUGCAGUUCCCGUUGGCGCAACGGCGCAAGAGGCGGGUGCUGUUCACGCAGGCGCAGGUAUAUGAAUUGGAGAGAAGAUUCAAGCAACAAAAAUACCUAUCAGCUCCUGAGAGAGAACACCUGGCAUCUUUAAUACACCUCACCCCCACCCAAUCAUCGAGCUCCCCACGACGCGUCGCCGUCCCCGUCCUAGUCAAAGACGGCAAACCGUGUUCGGGAGGCGGCUCCUCUUCCGCCAACCAAACGUCCACCUCGUCGACCUCAUCCGAAUCCAAUCGAACGCAACAAUCACCCGCCAUUAGCGCGGCCGCCGCCGCCGCUGCCUGCCAAAACCAGCAGCAGUCGGUGGCGGCGCAGUGCAUGGCCAAUGGCGGCCUAGCGAUGGCCUACCGGCAACAGAGCAACUACCAGCAGCAGUGCGGCGGCUAUCUGCCGCUGCAGACGCGGGCCUGUGCCGCCUCCCCGAAGAAUCCCCGAAAGCGCGUAAACUGCGCUAACGACCGAUCGGCCGCGUCCGAGCGAUUGCCCAAACACAGACGAGCCACGAGCCCCCACGGGCGCCAACAAAGCCGCUCCCCGGAAGCCGGGACGCCCCGCGGCGCCCAACACUGUGGUCCGCGCUCCCACACGACGCGCUCACUCGAAAAUUCCGACGCGGAAAUUCCCAUGCACACGGAAGAAGGGAAAAUGAAUGUAAUAUGGGCUGAUGCGGAGGGAGAUCGGUGUUGUUCGGAGUCAUCUCGCCAAGCCGGACAGCAUUUUAUGGAGCAAUCAAUACACAUCCGCCACACUGUCGCCAACAGCUCUUUCAUGCACACUUUUGUGCCCCCGAUUUCCCGGCAAUCCUGGCAUAUAUCUCCGGACUUGCUCCGGACUAAUGCGGCCGCAGCCCUCUGGUCUCUGCAGCAGGCGUGA